UUAUAGUUUGGGGAGAGAAAAAGAAAAUGAUAGGAAGAUCUAAUUAGUAGUGUAAGGAUAAUUUAGGGUUGUGACCUAAUCUAAAUUUGAUUUUUGGUUGCCAGGGGAUAUCCCAAAUAAAAUACCCAAGUCAGUUUGGAAAUAUAUGGUGGUUUAAUCAAUAUAGAGAGAUGAAAUCAAGAAGAGAGAGGGAAAAGGUAUAGGAUUUCUCCCAACUGGCCUGUGUCAGGCAAGCCACGAGGUCCUUGAAGAUUAGAGGCUUCUCUAAGAGGAUAGUAUUUGGAAGGUAAAGGAGAGAAAAAUCAGCCUAAAUUCAAGAGAUCUUAGAGAAGAGCCUCUCCAAACUAGGUUACUAGGCUUCCUCCAGUAUGGUAUCAAGGAAAACUCACCACUAAACCCAGACAAUAGCAGCUGCCACACCAAGAUGCCAACACGCUCAGCAAACUGCUGCCAGCCACCUCUCCGCCAUCAAAGAGGCCUGAGAGAGUAAGUGAUGCAAAAUAUAUAGAUGGUUUUACAACACUUUCCUAUGUCUCACAUGUACCAAUAAUAUCUUAGGCUUAAAUUAGGACAGCCCAGAGGUCUGUCAGUUAUUUCUAAUUUGUCAUUUGCUAGGACAUGUCUGUCAUAGGCCAUCCUCCUAAAUACUUAAUCCUUAAGUGUGGAUAUAGACAUUCCUGAUUUUGUUAGACUAAGUAGGGUGGUGUAAUCUAAAGUUCACAGUAGUCUUACUUUUGUCAGAUUAUAAUGACAGAAAGUUUUAUCUAAUUAUUUCACAAUUUCUCACAGAUAUAUUCAUUUAAACUAUAUCAAUAGAAUAAAUCCACUUUUCUUUUUUAAAAAUAGCUGAAUCUCUCUGGAUAAAUAGAAUUUAAAAGACAGAUGAUAAUUUUGGUGUAUAGAAUCAAGGAAAAAGGUGAUGGAUCAGGAAAGUAUAUGAUAUAUUUUGGGUGGUGGUAAACAAAUCAAUGUAGAUAAUAUAAAAGAUUCUUAUAAGUAAAUAGGAAGGCAGCAUAGCAUAGCAUGAACCUUUUAGAGACUGAAUGCCAGGCCCCACCCCCAAUCUGCCCUCAGACCCUGUACUGUGCUCACCCCCCCCCAAGACCUUGUGCCAUGCCCCUCUCCCCAUCAAGUGUCAGGUAUGCCCUCUCUUCCACCCCUCACCCUCACCCCCCCCCCCAGUCCCUUACCCCACACAGGGGAGGGAGGAAGUGCUCCCAUUGGCUGCUGGGCGAAGGGGUGGGUGAAGUGAGGAAUGUCCUCAGUGAAUAUAGAGAGGGGGAGGGGAAUAGCCCAAGCACUCCAUUCCCCUCUAGCUCUGCCACCUGUAAGCCACCCACCUUACUCAAUGUAGACUCCCAUUGGGCUGCUGAGCAGAAGGGCGGGGGAUGUGAAACAAUGUCAUAAGACACUGUGGAGAGGGAGAGGGGAGCAGCCCUGCCCGAGUCACUCUGCCAUUCUAGUAACUGACUGUAAGGAUAAUUUAGGGUUGUGACCUAAUCUAAGUUUGAUUUUUGGUUGCCAGGGGAUAUCCCAAAUAAAAUACCCAAGUCAGUUUGGAAAUUUAUGGUGGUUUAAUCAAUAUAUAGGGAAGAAAUCAAGGAGAAGAGAGAAAGAAAGGUAUAGGAUUUCCCCCGCCCAAUCUGUGCUAGGCGAGUUCAAAGUCCUCCACCAUGAGGUCCUUGAAGAUUAGAGGCUUCUCUAAGAGGAUAGUGUUUGGAAGUUAAAGGAGAGAAAAAUCAGCCUAAACUUGAGAGAUGUCAGAGAAAAGCCUCUCCAAACUAGGUUACUAGGCUUCCUCCAGUAUGGUAUCAAGGAAAACUCACCACUAAACCCAGACAAUAGCAGCUGCCACGCCAGGAUGCCAACACACUCAGGAAGCUGCCACCAGCCACCUCUCCACUAUCAAAGAGGCCUGAGAGAAUUACCUUGCAAAUCAUGGCCGGUUGAGUGAGUCUGAGGCAAGGCGAAAAUUCUGGCAAAUCCUGUCUGCAGUAGAUUACUGUCAUAGUCGGAAGAUUGUACACCGAGAUCUCAAGGCUGAAAAUCUACUGCUAGAUAACAAUAUGAAUAUCAAAAUAGCAGAUUUUGGUUUUGGAAACUUCUUUAAGAGUGGUGAACCCCUGGCUACAUGGUGUGGCAGCCCUCCUUAUGCAGCCCCAGAAGUCUUUGAAGGACAACAGUAUGAAGGACCACAACUGGAUAUUUGGAGCAUGGGAGUAGUUCUUUACGUCCUUGUCUGUGGAGCUUUGCCUUUUGAUGGACCAACUCUCCCUAUCCUGAGGCAAAGGGUACUGGAAGGAAGAUUCCGGAUUCCGUAUUUCAUGUCAGAAGAUUGUGAGCAUCUCAUCCGAAGAAUGUUGGUUUUAGAUCCAUCUAAGAGGCUAACAAUAGCCCAAAUAAAAGAGCACAAGUGGAUGCUGGUGGAAGUUCCAAUACAAAGACCUGUUCUCUAUCCACAAGAGCAAGAAAAUGAGCCAUCUCUUGGGGAGUAUAAUGAGCAGGUCCUGCGGCUAAUGCAUAGCCUUGGAAUAGAUCAACAGAAAACCAUGGAGUCUUUGCAAAACAAGAGUUAUAACCACUUUGCUGCUAUCUAUUACUUAUUGGUGGAAAGACUGAAAUCUCACCGGAGCAGCUUCCCUGUGGAUCAGAGAGUUGAUGCCCGCCAACGUCGGCCCAGCACUGUUGCUGAACAAACAGUUGCCAAGGCACAAACUGUUGGUCCCCCAAUGGCCAUACGUUCACCAAACAUGAGACUGAUGAGGUCACCCAUCCUCCCUCAGACAUCAAAUGUGGAGGUCUUUUCCUUUCCAAAUUCUGGAUGCCAGGCCGACGCAGCAUUCAUGGAAGAAGAACGAGUUGAUACACCAAAGGUGAAUGGUUGUCUGCUUGAUCCAGUGCCCCCCAUAAUGGUGAGAAAAGGAUGCCAAUCACUGCCUAGUAAUAUGAUGGAGACCUCCAUUGAUGAAGGAAUAGAGACAGAAGGAGAGUCUGAGGAAGACCCUAGCCAUUCAUUCGAUGCUUUCCAGUCAACACGCUGUGGACAGAGACGUCACACACUGGCAGAAGUGACCAACCAGCUAGUCAUGAUGCCUGGCACAGGGAAAGUCUUUUCUGUGAAUGACCACCCCUCCUUGGGCAGUGUGGAUUCUGAGUAUGACAUGGGAUCAAUUCAGAGGGAUCUGAACUUUCUAGAGGACAACCCAUCCCUGAAGGACAUCAUGUUGGCCAAUCAGCCUACACACCGCUUGACACCUCCUUUCAUAAGCAUAAGGCCUGCCAAUCCAGCCAUGCAGGUGCUAAGCUCACAGAAACGGGAGACUCACAACAGGUCCCCAGUAAGCUUCAGAGAAGGCCGUAGGGCAUCAGAUACCUCUCUCACACAAGGGCUUGUAGCAUUUAGACAGCACCUACAGAAUCUGGCCCGAACCAAAGGAAUUCUUGAACUGAACAAAGUCCAGUUGCUAUAUGAACAGAUGGGGUCAGAGGCAGAACCCAGCUUAGCAUCAGCUGCUCCCCAACUCCAAGACCUUGUCAGCAGUGCCUCACAGGAGGAAGCCACUCAGCAACAGGAAAAUGCCUCUGCUUUUCCUAACACUGUGCAUCCACAGCUUUCCAGACGACAAAGCCUAGAGACCCAAUACCUGCAGCAUAGACUCCAGAAACCCAAUCUCCUGUCAAAAGCACAGAACACCUGCCAACUGUACUGUAAGGAAUCUCCCCGGAGCCUGGAACAGCAGCUGCAGGAGCACAGGCUUCAUCAGAAACGGCUCUUCCUCCAGAAGCAGUCCCAGCUGCAAGCAUACUUUAACCAGAUGCAGAUAGCAGAGAGUUCCUACCCACGGCCAAACCAACAGCUGCCACUUCCCCACCAGGAGCAGCUCUCCAGUCCUCAGGCUCAGUCGCCGCAGCCACCCCAGUUCAGCCUGGCUCAGUCGCUAAGCCCAGUCCUAGAGCCUUCCUCAGAGCAAAUGCAAUAUGACCCCUUCCUCAGCCAGUACCGUAAACUGCAGCUACAGCCCCUGCCCUCCUCCCAGGUCCCCGGCUCUCCUCCUCCGCUGCCUUCCCAGCUGCAGCAGCAGCCGCCACAGCCUCCAGCAGCACCCCCACCCUUACCGUUCUCCUAUCAGACUCGUGAGCUGCCAGGUGCUGCCCCCCCGGAGCCAGACUAUCCUGCCCCCUGCCAGUAUUCCAUGGACCCAGCUCAGCAAAGCAAUGUAGCAUUACCAGACUGUCCCAGGAGCUCCGGGCCAAGGGAGUCCCCCUCCAGCUAUGACCCGUUAGCACUCUCAGAGUUGCCUGGACUCUUUGAUUGUGAAAUGGUAGAGGCUGUUGACCCCCAGCCCAGCGGCUAUGUCCUAGUGAAUUAGCCCCAGCACACAGUGUUCGCGUCAGGAAGCAAGACAAGCAGGGCAAAGGAAAAGAGUGUGGAUUUUUGUCUUUAUUCCAACCUGAAAUUCACAACUUAUUUUCCUGCAUUUCCCCUUUUGGGGAAAUGUCAAAAUUGCCCAACUGGAACUGUCAGGGCCUGGCUGAGGCUAGGUGGGGAGUUCAGCCUGGCCUUGUCCACAGGAGCUUCAGAGGCAGGUACUGGAAUGUAGCUGUUGGGAGGAAGACCAUGCACUUUGGGCAGACCGGAGCAUCAGAAAACAUUUUUGUAGGAAGAAAGGAAUUCACACCUUCAUUUUAUACCAAGUUAUACCAGUCAGUUAUCAAGGGAAUCUGGUGAAUGCAUGAACAUGUGGCAGGGACUAUUUCCUGGCAAAAAAAAAAGCAAUAUGUUUUUCACUGAAAUAAAGCAACAAGUGUUAGGCGCUAAAAGGUAAACCAAGAAUGCUUAUGAAUUGUGAGUACACAGGAGAGUUUAAAAGAAAGUUGUAUCGUGGCGUUGAAUUGUGGAGUGUGAUGAGCUUUGUUCUUUGACUAAUAGAUAAUAGCAUUUCACAGAUGCUGAGAGAAGCUAGAAAUGAACCCCUGAGAUGGGCGACUCGCCUCCCUUUGGUCGAAAGCGGCACACCUCCUCAGAAGGUGCAGGCCCCGCCAAGAGCCCUGCCUGAAUGAGUCUGGGCUAUGUAAGGAUUAUAGCACUGUCGGAGUCAGUGCUCUUUGUUCUCCAAAAGUAUCAUCUGUGUAACAGAAAGGAGAAGCCCCCAAGGCCUCAGGAAGGCCAGCCCUGAGUGGAAGAAGGACCUGGCUUCUGCACACCGCCCUGGGGAAGGCUCCUAGGCUUGGAGCAGCUGACCAGCAGGGUCCUGUGGGCUCUUAAAACGUAGAUGACUGUACUUUACAUUUACACUAUACGUCGCUAGUGGUUUGUUAAGCUUUGUAUGUUGGACAGUGGUGUAGGGUUUUAGCACGUGUUAAGGACGAGCAAAGUGAAGUCGGUGGCAUCCCACAUGAAGCAGCAGCAUCGUGCCUUCGGGCAGACGUUAGCGCCCCAUUUGUAUCCAUGCUGAAUCCAAAGUCACAUCAGAGUGGGCGUUCCACUGUGUGGGAUGCAGAGUGCUCAUGUCCUCCGUUGUCUAGACUUGCUUGUCUGCUUGAAAUGUUCAAUGUAUGACAGCAAUAUUCAAAGAACUGCAGAUGGAACCAUUUCAGCAGACCACCUGCCAGUCCCUUGGCAUCCAUUAGUAGAACCUCGCCUCACCUCAGACCUUAGCGUUUGUCCAGAGUGAGUUAGAAGCAGUGGCGGUCCGGGAGCCCCGGACUGAUGAUUCCUCGUCUGGACGGUGUUCCCCCGGGCUAAGAUUCAGUAUUCUGUGGUGUGAGGAUCCCUGUGCUCGGGCAGAGCGGGGGCACCCCAAGCACAAAGACCAGGGUGCUGUGCUGCCCUGCAGGGAGGGGAAGAACUUCCUGGAGCCGCCCUCCGCCUUGGUCACAAGGUUCCACGUGGGAGCGAGGCACGGGCUGGGAACUCCGAGGAUUCCAGUUCAACUGCCCCACUUCGCUCUGUUCCUGGGGCCCGCAGUGUCAGCUCACGUGAGCCAAACUCGUCUGUUGUGUGACGUUCUGGGUCAGGUGGGCAAAGACGAGGGGCACUGACCCCCCCCCCCCCCACUGGGCUCAUGAGGGGAAGAACAGACUCUGGGUUGGUCUCCACGUGAUGGAGAAAGGGUCUAGGGGGAAGGAUGGAAAUGGCAUUGACUAUAGCUUGUAACCUAGGACGAGCGGCCAGCCUUCAUCUACCUAGAAAAUGUGUGCAGGGAGGCAAAGGCUGCAUAUGUGCAUAGAAUUGGUUCUGGGGAGGACUCCCCGUUGUCACAUUAGAAGAUUCCACAGAACUUAAGCCAGAAAGGAAAAAAAAAAUUUGACAUCAAUAGCAGCGACUGCCUUACAUUGCUUCCUAAUUUGCUAGAUGACAGACAUUUAUUUUGUUCAUUGUGUUCUCUCUAAGGCGAUAUUGAUCUCUUAACUGCUUCAAGUCUGCAAACAGUCGCAGAUUCUAAGAUGGCUUGAUGUGUUUAGAUUGAAGGAGGAUGGAUCUGUUUUCCAAAAUGUCCUAGUGUUGUUCUCUAAAUAUUUACAAAAUUUAAAUACUUUCCAUUUUGAACAUAGGAGCCAUUUCAAAAGCAUAGGAACCAUGUUGGUUAUGGAUUUAGAGCUCCAUUUUCUCCCCGUGUCCCUUUCCCUCAGACAACUGACCCAAAAUCUCUGCAGAGGCCAGCUGGGUAGCCGAGUGCCCGCCACCCCCAGAGCCCAAUAAAGGAAGCAAGGAGCCACCAUAGGGUUGCAUGGUAUCAGAAAGGCCCAUGCAUUGAGAAAAGUCAUGGAGAAGUGAUUCAGAGGUUAAAGAAAUCAGGGACAAAGGGAAAAAGAACCAGUGCAGCGCUGAGCAAUGUGGAGCCUAAGAGUAUUGCCAAAUAACUGAGCUUGGCUACAGAAGGAUUCAGCUGGUAAGGAAGGAAAGCCUCUUCUACUAGCUGGUCUUUGUAGUCCAAAUACCAAUGUGUUUCAAGGAGAAAUCAAUAAAUUCCUCUAACAAUCUGUAUUUACCAGUGUUUAAACUGAGAGGCAGAGAAGAUUCUCCCUACUGGUUAGUUAGCAGUUCUCUGAUUAGGUCGUUUGCUCUGUUCCUUACCCAGUGACCUAUAUAAACUCCGUAUAGUUUUCUUUAAACAAAUACUAAAAUAACACUAAAAGGACAUAGUACCACUGUAUAUUGAUGCUACUUUGAAAUAGCUGCUUCUGUUUGCGUCUGUUUGACAUUAGCAGAGUGUACACUACUGUAUAGUAAUUAUUAGCUUCAUUAUCUUGUAAUAAGAGAUGCCUCUGAAGAAACUUUGGUGAGAUGUAUAUGGGGUAAAAAUUUCACACAGAGGGAAGUGCAAUAUGUGUGUGGUACAUAUUUUUUCUUUUAGCUCAUGGGAAUUAGUCCUUUGCUUUGGGGGGGGAAAUGGCACUACUUCUGUGAGUUCCAGUUGGGUGCGUUUGUCUUUAAUAUUUUCAUGCAACUGAUAUGCUGGACCCUGUAAAGCCAUUACAGUGUAUUUCUAAAAAAUAAAGAAGAUGGAUAUACUUUUUAAUCAGUGGUGGCUAAGCUGCACACCAGCAGGCCCAGAUUCAGCACCCGCUCUCCCCAUUCCUUUCAAGCAUUACUUUCCCACCAUUUAUGACUAAAGGGGAUGGACAGAGGACAAAAUCGGGUCUGCCCUGGUAGCCUCCCCAAGGGACAGAAAACACCUGGACCACCACCAAGAAGAGACACAACUCAGGGACUCAGCCCAUCCUAGUGUAACCAUUUCUCACCCUGGACCUCUGCCUCAUACCUUACUCCCUUUUGGUGGGGCUGGGAGAGAAUUUGAUGCUAUUCUCUGGGCCCCUCUUUCCCCUUGAAAACGGACAGAAUCAGGGUGGGGAAAUGCUUUUAGACUAUACACAAAAAACAUUGUGGGGGGAUUAGGCGAGCUCAAGGCUCCAAUGCAAACAUGGACCUUUUCCCUUAUGUCUCCAUUUUGGCUUCAGGAUUAAGGAGAAGUAGUUAAUCCCUCAUGAAAUCAGGUAAGAAGCCCGGAACACAGCCCAGCUAAUAGGGAGCAACCUACUGAGUACUGGUGAGAAGUGGUAUAUAUGGACCCAUUAGUUAUAGUAAUGAUGGCCUCAAAAGAAACCACCAUUUGAGAUGAGGUGGUAACCCUCCAUUUGGUGGUGGUUCACAACCUAUAGGGGAGGCAUUACCUUUGUACCACCCUUUGUGCUGCUGCUAAUUACCUUAGGCUCAUAGGAUUUUUUGAGGGGGUGGGGUGCAGCGCUGAAGUGCAGCUCACCCCGAAACCUUUAGAGGAAAAAUAUUUAGGUUACUUGGAAUCCGGGGUAGGUAUGAGGGUAGAUUAUUCCCCGCGACUUCCAGUUUAAACUCUUUCAGGUACAGGGUUAUUGAGACAUCCCUCACGUGGGUGUAGUCGGCUUAUGGAAACUUUCAUUUCUCUGAUGCUAUUACCUUUAGACCUCAUAAGACCUUCACAGUCAAACUACCUACAUUUUAGCCUCUUAAUGCUUUCUGUUCUGCGUGCCACUCACAAGUCGAUAUCAGACUGUCGUCCCUUAGCUCACAUUUAAAGUAAGUUCAUGCUCUGGAUAACUUGCAUUCCAAACCUGAUGAGUCACCACCUUCUAAAAGCAACCCUGCGGUAAAUUCCCACUAUGGGUCUCACCAGCUUGCAGUUUGGGAAGCUUAGUUCCCAAGCUUGCCCUUUCUUGUUCCCUGCUUUUCACCCAAGCAUCAAGUGGGGAAAGAAGGACAUUAAAAAUAUGAGGUCGAAUGAAUGCAUGGAUUCAUGCUGCCUGCGGGAUUCUUUGCUCCCUCCCUCCUGGGACUUCCUUCUCAUCCGCAGAGGAGUCUCCUCUCUUCUGAGAUGCUCAGCAGCAUUAUAAACAGGUGGUCAUCCAUGAAGAAUGAGUAGGUGGCAUUGACUUGAAGAGGUGAUUCAUAUUAUGAUUCCCUGCUUUGGCCUACAUGGUCUUGUCUUAGAGGAAUGGCCCAAACCCUUCCAGACCCUUCCCGCUUCCCGAUACUAUGGCAGUACCCUCCUGCACACUAUCACAUCUUCCUGUGUUUUCUACCUUUUCACCUAAUAGGAUGCUUCCUGUGACUUUACUGGGUUUUGGAGGAGUUCUAAGGUUCCCAUCACAGCUUCAGAGAUUUUCAUGGAGGGAUUUCAGACUUCGGGUAACAAGGUUUCAGAUCCACACCUCUUUAGAUUAGAUUCCCCACUACCGAUGAAACCUUUAUAGGGAUAAAAAAUAUUUUGCUUUCAUUGGACAAAACUACAUAAUCCUUUCAGGGAAAGGAGGCUGUUUCAAAACAGGUAGAAAUACAUGCUGUCAUACAGAAGAUGAUCCCAAACACAAGCAGUAUUCAGUUGGCAAAGUCAAUUGAAUUUGGGCUUACUACUGACAGUAAUAAACUGCUUACGUUUUUGCCUAAACUAAGGCCAUUCUGAGUGGCAGUAAUAUGCAGUCAUGGGUGAAGUAUAAAGCCAAAAACUAGAAAAGGAAGCUGUCAGGACUUCGAAGCUGCCAUCUCUUUCUGUGCUCCAGAAAAGCACAAGCAUGUUUUUUUCCCCUUGCAGAGAAGGGCCAAGCAAGCUGCUUUUGUUUCUGAGGGUGAAGAGGGUGAUUCUUUGGGCUGGUCCAUUAAAGGGUUAGUUUUGAUAAAGUUCUAUCUAAUCGUGAGUUUUUCCUCUUUCAUUUUGAUAAUGUUCUAUCUAAUUGUGAGUUUUUCCUCUUUGAUUUGGGACUUUUUAAUUUAAGAAAAAUGGUGAGUUUGAUGUUUUGGGGGAUCUUGAAAGCAAAUCACAAGUCUAAUACAAAAAAAAAUCAGAAUGUAUCCCCAUCACCACUCAGUGUUAGGAAAUUGUUGAAGAUGCAGUGAUCUUUGUACCAAAAGGUAAUUUAAUGGGGUUGUUUCCUGCUAGGAAAAUGUUUUUAUGUGUAAUCCCUGUUGAAUUAACAGAAAAUAAAGGCAACUGUGUUUUUAUUA